CCGAAAGGGUGCUUAUUCACGGUGGCUCCGGAGCCGAAAGGGUGCUUAUUCACGGUGGCUCCGGAGGUGUGGGCACCAUGGCAAUACAAAUGCUCAAAGCUUGGGGUGUUGAAAAAGUUAUGGGUGUAUGGCGGAACUGCGUUCAUGUCACUGUAGUCAGUCCUAUGCUACUAGAAACCGAUCGGCAUGGAUUUCUACAAGGCAUGGUUACCACCGCGAUUAAGUAUUUCUCCCGAAGUUGUGAGUUGCCCUAUCAAAUGCUAGUGUUAAUGUAAGA